AUGGGCAAACUCUUUGAAAGAGUAAUUCAAAGUCGAAUGAGGCGCCAUCUGUUUCCCACAGACGGUGACCCUCUUAUCAUUCCCCACCAAUUCGGUUUCCGAGCGAAACACUCCUGCCCCCAACAAGUUCACCGCAUUGUGGAAUAUGUCCUCAGCGGUCUUUAUCCACGUCGAGAAAAGACAAUCGCUGUCUUUUUCGACAUUGCCAAAGCCUUCGACCGAGUCUGGCACGAAGGCCUCAUAUUUAAAUUAUAUAAAAUAGGACUCUCCGAUCGUCUAGUACGUCUCGUGGCCUCUUAUUUACAACAUCGUACCUUUCGUUUUAGAUACGAAGGCACGUUAUCCCCUCCGCGCCCCAUUAAAGCUGGUGUUCCUCAGGGAUCGGUACUAGCUCCCCUCCUGUACAUCUUGUACACCAACGACGUUCCAAUCCCGUCGAACGGUGUACAACUAUCACUCUUCGCAGAUGACACUGCACUCUACUUUAAAAGUAGAUUAUCAUCUCACGCUAGAAACAAACUCCAAAAGUCAGUCGAUGACCUAGGAGAUUGGUUCCAAAAAUGGCGCAUCGAUGUGAACCCGGAGAAGAGCUCCGCGGUUCAAUUCGACUUUAAACGACGCCGUCAUAAAAUCAAUAAAAAUAUUCCUCAGAUACGCAUGUUAAGGACUCCUGUCCCGUGGCAUACGUCAACUAAAUAUCUAGGUGUCACCCUUGACUAUAGGCUCACUUUCGAGCCUCAUGUCAAAAGAGUAACACAAUUAGCUCGCUUUUACCUAGGUAGGUUAAAUAGCAUGUUAGGCCGACAUAGUAAAAUGUCUUUAAGAAAUAAGCGAACACUUUAUAAGGUUUGUAUACGUCCCGUAAUGACUUACGCGGCCCCGGUAUUUGCACAAGCCGAUAAUAAAAUAAUUAACGAACUACAAGUAGUUCAAAACUUAUUCUGUCGUCGAGCUACGAACGCACCUUGGUACGUCCGUAAUGCCGAUCUUCACCGGGAUUUAGAAAUCCCAACAAUUCAACAAUACACUAAAACUCUCUCUGAAAACUUUUUUAAAGUUUCAGAGUCGCACAACAACUCAUUAAUUCGUGAGGCAGUAACUUAUACCGCCCCACUCCCCUCUUGCCAUAGCAUCCGCAGGCCGAGAAAUACUCUCUCGGACCAGCCAAAUAAACUCUCAAGUGACCUGAACUGCCUUUUGGCGGCUCAGGCCAAUUCUAAUUAA